AUGGCAUCUACCUCAAAUGCUUCCCAUUCUGACGAGUCUGACGACGAGGUAAAGUCUAAAUAUAUUCCACCUGCCAAGAAGGAGCUCAAAGACAUUUUACAAGCUGAUGCUGAGGAUGAGAGCUUGAAAAAGUAAGAUAAUUAGAUUGUUAUCCUACUUAUACCUAAAAAUACUAUUUUUUAACUUUAAAAGCUUUUAAACUUUUGUUUCGAUUAAAAAAUCUUGAGGCGAGAACAUGAAUAGUGUUAUUACAAUACUAAAGUUUGUUUUUUUAAACUAUUUUUCAUAUUAAUUUGUUUUAGGUACAAAGAAAAGUUGUUAGGAAACGCAUUGGAUAAUGUUGUAGUAGAUGAAAGUAAUCCCAAAAGAGUCAUCGUUAAGACGAUUGCCGUUCUAGCGGAUCACGGAACUGUGGGGGAGUUCAACAUACCACCAGGUAAGAGAGUUUUAUUUUAAAAUUAUUAUUUAAAUAUAGUUGUUAAAUUUUUUUAACGAUUUAAGGGUAGAGACACUUAAUCUACUAUAAACGUUUCAUUUUCAGAAGGCGACUUCACGUUAAAGAUAAAAGAAGCCGAACGCUUCCAACUCAAAUUCGAAUACUAUGUUCAACGAGAAAUCGUAUCUGGGUUACGGUACAUCCACAGAGUAAGCCGUUUGGGUAUUCGGGUAGCCAAAGAGACCUAUAUGAUAGGGUCGUAUGGUCCCGCGGCCGAUCUCAAAACCUUCAUUACACCAUGGGAAAACGCGCCUUCAGGUAAUUAACUUUUCUUGUAGUAUUUCACAUAUAUAACAUAAGCACCUUUCAUUUUGGCCUUAAUUCAUAAUAACAAUAAGUAACCUUCAUAAAAUUACAUAUAAGGAUCUAAAUAUAAAACUGUUUUGUCUUGCUAAAUUACAUGAUUUCAGGUAUUAUGUCACGCGGUAAAUACGCGGUAACCUCGAAAAUAACCGACGAUGAUGACAAUGACUAUGCCACGUUCAACUGGACGUUGGAGAUAUCCUCAAGCUGGUAACUUGCCGUCGCUUCUCAGGAGUUGUUCAUAUCUUCAAGAGAUUGCUUCCGUCCGAAAUUAUUUAUACUGUAGAUUUCCAUUUAUUUUGUUGAUAAAGUAGACAAUUUUCACAUACUUUCUUAAAAUGUCAGUCCUUUGGAGAUACGUUAACAAAGUAGAUCCCUAUUAAAGAUGAUGAUAAAGCUCUUUCCAGAUAUAAUGAUAGAGUAGGUAAUUACAUUAAUGUAAAACAUUGUAAACCCGCAACAAGUAGAGUGACCUGAAUUCGGGGUUACGUGUAAUUACUCCUUCCUUCCCUAACUGUAAAUUGUGUGAUUCGGGUCGUUUUACGGCGUAAUUCCUUUAUUUUCAAAGUUUUUCGUCACAUUACAAGAGGCUUGUAACCUUGGCUUUCCAUUUUAAAGUGAUUUGAACCCGUUCAUUCCAUUGAAAAGUGCUGUCCACUUCUGACAACCAGGUCUUUGCUGCAGUUUUCUUCUGACCAUCGAGUCAUCGUUACCUAUAAUGGGUCUGGAAAUAAGGAUAAUCGCCUUGUUUUUCCUAUUAAACACGGUAAGAGCGGCAGGCCAACUGGUGGAAGCUGACAAUGCCAUCAUCUUGGUACCUCAUGGUGAAGAUCCUCAGAAUUCGAAAAACAGAUUAGUUAUCCCACAAGGUAAGCCCCCUUUUAAGAAAGUCUAUCAUAAUAUGCAUUUAGACUCAUUUCUAUAAAAACUAAAUAAUUACAAUAACUUGAUUUCAGUAAAAGACGGACCACAAGCCCCACUCCCUUGUAUUGUAGCUGACAGUGGUACUCAUGAGCAUGGUCAGACAUUCACUAAAGGCAACUUCCACUACUCAUGCAAGAAUGGCACUGCAGAAGUUAUAGGUAAGUUACACUUUGACAUUAUACUGUACAUGUAGAACAGAUCAUGAACUUAUUGACAUACCAGCCUAUUGUUACCACGUAAACGUUUCAGCUUGUGUCAGCGAUGACAUGUCAGUCAUCCAAAUCGGUCGUACCUUUCUCAAGAACGGUAUCAGACACAAAUGUAAUGUGAACGGCGAGACUGUGACCUAUGAACAAAGUAAGUUUGAAGCACAUAAAUGAAGUACAUUCAGAAUCAACGUGCUUUGAAAAUGGAGUACACUACGAUGUUGGAGAAAGUUUUAAAAACGGAUCCUUCAAAUUGAUUUGCAAAGACGGAGGUGUAGCCAUCAGUGGUAAGAACAUCUUUUAAAAAUUACUUUCGAAUGCCCUUUUGAUUUGUUUUAUUGUCUUGUUUAAGGUUGUUAUGUACAGAACCGUACUGACGAUGUGAUCUCACUCGGAGAAUCCAGAAUCAUCGGGAAACACAAACAUAACUGUGAGCUCAUGGACGGAGGCAAGAUACGAUACACAAUUAACUGUAAGUUACACUAAUACCUCGUUCAUCAAGUGACAUCUGCCAAAAUGAUCACCUUAAAAUGUAAAUUACAGUAAUUGGAUGCCGAAAAGGAGACUAUGUCUACAAUGAAGGACAGAUUUGGACGGAGAAACACGUUAGGUAUCAAUGCGGAUCACAAGGACAAACUAUGGUAAUAGGUAAGACAAUUGACUACGCAUAUUUCCAACAAAAUGUUACAAAAGAUGUCAUUGUAGACCUAAUUUGAUACAUUGUUUUUCUGACAUUGAAUGAGUUUUUUAGGUUGUUCCGACGACGAGAACGAGCUCUUUGUGGAAUUAGGCCGAGACGUUCUUAUGAAUGGCAUCGUACAUCGGUGCUACAAGAUCAACAACACCACAUUCUACCACAGGUAUGUAGCUGUAGCAUCAUUUACACUAACUUGAUACUUAGAUUCGAAUGCCCGGAUAUGCCAUUACAAGAGUGUGUUGAGAACGCUCCGACCCCAAAACGAGUACGAUCAGUACAAGACAGAAUUAACUUAUGA